AUGGGGACGUGCAGGCCACCGGCAACAGGUCCUACUUGCACCGCACCACCAAAGCCGCGGACUGGCAGAUCGCCCUCUUCGGGGGUCUCCGCUUUAAGGAGUCCCACGACCAGAAGCGGCACACCUGCAUGGUGCUGGACAACUGGCUCCAGGUGGGGGCGCGGCUGGGGACGACCAACGCGCUGCUGCUGCAGCUCCGGGAGCUCCUGGAGCUGGCGCUCGCCUGGAAGGCGCUGGACGCACUGGAGGGCGGUGCUGUGGAGGAGAGGCUUCGUCAUCACGCAGGAGGCUGACGAGGUGGUGGCGAGCUGCCGCGCCUGGGUGGAGCUCCUGGCCUCCUCAGAGGAAGCCGUGGACGUAGAGGAAGAUGUGGAGGACGUGGAAGAUGUGGAAGACGUGGAGGAAGAUCAGGACGCUGCCGAAGCCCUUGAAGAUGACGACGAUGACGGAGAGGGCGGGGAUGAUGAGGAUUUGCGUCAGGAGGGGGACUUGGCCAAGCUGACCAUGGCGGAGCUCAAGGAGAUGCUCCGCACCCAGGGCCUCAAGGUGAGCGGCCGCAAGCAGGAGCUUCUGGACCGGCUCGAAAAAGGUGACACGGUGCAGUUCACCGUGGACUUCACCGGGGGCCGGGCCUCCGCGGGGUCCGUGGAGCUCAUGGCGAGGAAGGGCUCCGGCUACGCCAAGGCGCUGCCCUCCCGGGCGCCUCGGGCGGGGAGAGGUGACGGGAGCGGAGACGGGAGCGGAGGGAGCGACGGAGACCUGGGAGCCGACUCCGGAGGAAGGAAGAAGCGCACCGAUGUACAGCCCCUACUGAGACGGUGCGCGGCUCGUGCGCGGCUCGCGGCGGAAAGCAGGAAAGCGAUGCCGCGAGAAUGUUGGAGAAUGGAGGAUGACUUCACCGCCAAGUGCAGGAUGGAGCUGGCACACUCUUUGGCAGACACAGUCAUGGACAAGUGCGCGUGUCUCGACGAAGCUGUCACCUUCCUCAUACGCAGCAGCAAGGUGAACGGGCACGUGCGCUUUCCGAUGUCGAAAGAAGAGACGGGCGACGAAUGGCAUGCUCAGAACAUAUUGAGCUUGACCGUCUUCGGCUGCGCAGCCCAUGCCUCAGGCUGGCGAAACUUUGUCUUGCUUUGCGAAGUCUUGGACCACGACUCGCAGAUGUCCUUUUUUUGA